GUGUCACACUUUUCUUCUUUUCCGACGGAUUUGUCGCCGUGCUAGGCAUUUCUGCUCCGAAUUUCGGAUUUUCGUUCUGUUGUUUGUUGUCUCAAUUAAAAACUCCGAUAACAACUGAAAAAUGAGUGGAGUUUUGGAAAGAAUUGCGGCCAUCGAGGCUGAGAUGGCCAGGACGCAACGAAACAAAGCAACUGCUCAACAUCUUGGGCUGCUGAAAGCUCGUUUGGCUAAGCUCAGGAGAGAAGUACUCACACCAAAAUCAGGUGGCGGUGGCCCUGGCGAGGGUUUCGACGUUGCCAAAACAGGAGAUGCCCGAAUUGGUUUUGUUGGUUUCCCAUCGGUGGGCAAAAGUACGUUGCUCACCACGUUGGCAGGAGUUUAUUCAGAGGUUGCAGCCUAUGAAUUCACCACAUUGACGACUGUCCCUGGUUGCAUCCGUUACAAGGGUGCAAAAAUUCAGCUACUAGAUUUGCCUGGCAUUAUUGAAGGCGCCAAGGAUGGUAAAGGUCGUGGUAGGCAAGUCAUUGCUGUGGCCAGGACUUGCAGCCUCAUCUUUAUCGUGCUGGAUGUGCUGAAGCCUCUGCAGCACAAGAAGAUUAUUCAGCGUGAAUUGGAAGGUUUUGGCAUCCGCCUCAACAAGCAGCCACCCAAUAUCGGCUUCCGUCGUAAAGAAAAGGGCGGAGUCAACCUUCAAACACUUGUACCUCAAAGCGAGCUCGAUCUGGACAUUGUCAAAACCAUUUUGUCUGAGUACCGAAUUCAUAAUGCUGAUGUUACUCUGCGCUAUGAUGCGACGGCCGAUGAUUUGAUUGAUAUUAUCGAGGGAAACCGAGCCUACAUCCCUUGCAUCUACCUACUAAAUAAAAUUGACCAAAUCAGCAUUGAGGAAUUGGAUGUGAUUUACAAGAUUCCUCACUGUGUGCCCAUUUCUGCCCAUCACAAGUGGAACUUUGACGACCUGCUCGAGAAAAUGUGGCAAUACCUAAAACUGAUGCGAAUUUACACGAAACCCAAGGGACAAUUACCCGACUACAACUCGCCAGUCGUCUUGCAAUCGGACAGGUGCACCAUGGAGGAUUUCUGCAACAAACUUCACCGGACCAUCAUCAAGGAAUUCAAAUACGCUCUUGUCUGGGGAUCUUCUGUGAAACAUCAACCCCAACGAGUUGGAAAAGAUCACGUCCUCAACGACGAAGAUGUCGUGCAAAUUGUCAAAAAGGUCUGAUUGACGUGAUUAAGCGACAGAUAAGCAACUGUCACCCGGGAACACUGACGUACAGGAGAAAUAAAUAAAGUGAAUUGUUUCUUCUCAA